AAGAGUGUCAGGUCAUGCUGUAAACAACGGAUAAGAUAAAGUUGAAGCAGCUGCAAAAGUAGUUCAAAAGUAAACAGCCGUACUAUUUUGUAUCAAGUUCCAUAAUAUCAGUAGCUUGAACAUUCAAUAUUUUUUGCAAUUGCGUGAAAACUAAUCCGGUGUUUAAGAAAUGGCGUGUGAAAUGGACAUAAUAUUUGAAAACGGUACUAAAAUGCCUGCAUUAGGAUUUGGAACAUGGAGAGCAUCUGACGAAGAGGUAGAAAAAGCACUGAAUGAGGCACUUGAAGCCGGUUACCGUCACAUCGACACAGCUCCAGUGUAUCUCAAUGAGAAGAUGAUUGGAAAGGUGUUGAAGGAGUGGCUUGAAGCUGGGAAAUUGACUCGAGAGGAAUUGUUUAUCGUGACCAAACUGCCGCCACACGGUACGAGAGCAUGUUCUGUGGAAAAAUUUCUCAAGCGGUCACUGAUUGAUCUACAAUUGAAGUACGUAGAUUUGUAUCUUGUCCAUGUACCCUUCACCGUUCCAGAAGUGGACGGUCCCUUUCUAAUGGAUGAUAAUCAGCAAAUUGUGCUAGAGACAAAUACAGACCAUAUUUCCCUAUGGAAGGUUAUGGAGAAAAUACAAGAGGAUGGCCUCGCACGCAACAUAGGCUUAUCGAAUUUCAACCAGCGGCAAAUACAAAGAAUCAUCGAUAAUUGUCAAAUAAAGCCAGCUAAUCUGCAGAUCGAGAAUCACAUUUAUUUGCAGCAACCGGAAUUAGUGAAGUUUUGUAAAUCCCAUGGUAUCAGUGUCACGGCUUAUUCACCACUUGGGUCGAAAGGAAUCGAAACAUUGUUAAACCGUGAGGUUCCGGUUCUACUCGACAAUCCGGUGGUAAAGGAAAUAGCCAAUAAACUAAAUAAAUCAACCGCACAAGUAUUGUUGCGUCAUCUACUGCAACGAGAGAUUGCUACGAUCCCAAAAAGCACGAACCCGAAGCGCUUGAGAGAGAAUAUCGAUUUAUUCGACUUCAAAAUCGAAGAUUCGGAUAUGGUUCGGUUGAAUGCACUUGAUCAGAAUGUUCGGAUUUGUGAUUUCGGAUUUUUUCCAGGUAUUACUAAGCAUCCGGAAUUUCCCUUUUAGAUACAGAAAUUAAAUGUAUGAUGAUUGACUGCUUUAGUCGAUAGAAUUCCAUUGAUAGAAUUUAUUACUUUUUGAUCGUUUGAAAAUCUGAUAAAACAUAACAUGUUUGUUUUUUGAAAAGUGCGAAUUGAAAUAAUUAAUUUUUACUUUAACAGUAUAUAUAUGAAUACAGUAAAGAGAGUAUUCGAA